UUAUUUCCCCAGACUUUUUUCUUUCGGUUCAGGACCCAGUUUCGUUUUGCUGGUAAAAAAAUUAACAUCAAACCGACACACUAACGAGCAAGCAAAAAACAGAAUCAACCCCGCAGAGUAAAAUAUGCCGUACGAGGUUGCCCUGGUAGAAAGGCUCAUCUUGAGCUUCAAGGAAAUGUUGCCAUGUUACAGCGGCCGGCCGAUCGAACAGCUUUCGUCAGACAAGGAGUUUUACGAAAACAUCCACGUGAUCAUUCAGCUGCACGAUAUGCGCCUAGCCCCGCUGUUGCGGCGUCUCUUUACCCUGCUGGAGACCAUUUCGCGAGCAGCCGCGAGCAGCGAGCAGAGAAGCAGCUGCCUUUUCCAGCAGUCUCAGCUGCUCGUAAUGCGUGUGAUUGCCCUGGGCAUGUUCUAUCACUGGCAUCAGAUUUAUGCCGGCCUGGGGGUCAACACGGACAACCCCAUGGUAGGCAGCACCGCUAGCAGCGCCAGCUCCGACGAUGGGGGUGUCGAGGACCAGGCCAGCGCUGCUGCUGCUGCCACGGCCGCUGCCGCAGAGGCCAGUGCCUACCAGGUGAAUGGCAAGGGCUACAACCUGGACGAUUUUAAUCUCUAUUACCCCAGCCCACUCGAAGAGCCCCUUGCCAAGCGCGCCUUUGCCAUCAUCUCCGAGUACUUCCGGAACUGGGUCAGCCCGAGCUCCCUGCGCAUGCUCGCCACCACAGUGAGAAGCCAAAUGAGCUACAUGUUCGCACUCCGCAGAACGCAUACGUCCCAGAGCGUGCCAUUGUGCUCGUUCCUGCGCGACAUCGCCAUUGGCACAUCGAUGCUUCCAAAGUUCGUGCGCGCCUGCGUUGCCGAGCCCACUGCCGACCUGGCAUUUGAAAUCCAAGAGGCUGCCGGGUCCAUCUUUAUGUUCGUGUCAGCGUCCAACUGGAAUGUCGCUAUGCAGCGCGCUAAGAGCUGCUUGUACUUGGCGCUCUCCCGCAGCGAGGAGGUCGCUGAUUUCACCGAUAUUCAGUUCCUCGAGUUUGCCACGAUGGACAUCACGCGCCUGGCGCAGAUCAUCGACGCCUUCACGGACGUGUUUGUGCGCGUCAAGACCGCCGAGCAGCUCAAGCUGGCCAUCGUACUGCGCCGCGCCAUCUGGGGCUUUAUCUCGCGCUGCUCCGGUACGUUCAUCGACAUGUACCGCAACAUGUACCGCCCGCAGACCAACCGGAUCGAGCAGCUGGCGGAGAUCCUUCGCACAGUUAUUGAGACACAUUCGCGCACCGGCGCUCACCCGGCCUUCCACCAGCUCAGGGCCCUGCUGCUCAUGCUCUGCCCCGACAUCGUGGUUCACGCCGCCGAGCACGCAAUUGAGCACGGCGAGGCGCGCGAGGAUAACUGUUCCAGACAAGUCCGCUACCUCGCCCAAAUCCGCCAGAUGCUGGCACUGAAGGACGUGCCCGAGAGCAUAUUGCUGGCAGUGCAGGAGGUACAGCACGUGUCCCGCGUGCUCAAGGCCCUGCCCGAAAACGAGGGUCUUCGCCUGGCCAAGUUCAUGGACAGCGACAUCAACGUGGUGCUGCUGGAUAGCAGCAACCGUCUUUUGCCUUACCGCGAAGAGCCCAUUGAGUCGAAGCUUCUGCUAAUGGCCACAGUAGCCUGCGGACUGUCGAUUGGUGGUAUGCCUGCGCUCACCACGUACUUGGCGCACUUGUGUGGCCCGAACACUGAGCCCUCCAUGCAGCUGGUGUUUGCAAACGCACUCAAGGAUAGCUUAAGGCAGCAGUACUAUGAGCCAGGGGGAGUCGAGGGUGCGCCCGAGAUAAAAAAUGUAAUAGCCGGGUUUUUGUACGACACACUGCGCCGCAACAUCGACAUGAUUCAGACCAUCACAGAGCAGCAGGCGGCUGGCUCUGGAGCGCAGGCGCGCAACGCAGGGUACGGACGCCGGGUGCCCGGGUACAGCAGCGACACAGCCGGCGGAUUCAACGCAUCCAAGUCGGUCUGCGACAUGGCGCUCAACGUCGCGAGCACUGGCGAAAAGGUGUCGAUCAUUCCGCCCAACGAGAUCGCCCAGCGCGUCCACCUAGUGGCUGUGGUCAUGGAGAUGAUCAUCGAUGUGCCUUUCCUUGCCAUUGGUGGCAACAACGAGGACGAGCUAUUCGAGUCGCUCGAGAAGAUGGUUCAUGUUAUCUCGAUGAGUAUCCAGGAGCCGUCAAUCGCCAUCCAGCACCUUGCAGGCCAGGCACUCCGCAGACUGUUUGACACGAGCUUUGUCCAGUACUGGGUGCAUAGCGCAGACAUUGCAUUUGCCGUGUGGACUCUCAGUCUGCAUGUCAUGCAGGGAACCUGCCGUGCGAUCGUGCAUAGCAUCGUGACCAGCUCAAUUGUGCAGCACCGCCAGCUGCUCCAGAUCCUGUUGGACAUGCUGGUGCUGUCCAACAACGUGCUCAAGAUGAGCAGCGGCGCCAUCGGCGCGUCGAUGGAGAUGCCUGAGUAUCCGCAGUUCGAGGUGGCCUUUGAGAUCGUCAUCAUGAUGCACAUGUGGGCCGACGACACCGACAUCACCUUGAUCACCCAGGAGUGCCUGCGUCUCAAGACCCAGAGCGAACAACUCAUGGUCGAUGCCGGCAUCCCCGUCGACACGUCGCUGAGCAACCAGCGCCUGUACCAGGAACUGAACACCCACGAUAUCAAGCAGGCCGGUAUGUUCAGUCGUUUGGCGCAGAUGCGCGCCAUGUUCCGCACCAUCCGCAAGCACAUGCGCCCGACCGCCGGCGCCCAGGCAGCCUGGCAGGAAACGUACAAGCUGUGGCGCCAGAUGCUCCAGGUGCUUUUGAUGCGUGAGGAGACCGUGCGCCUGCCAGAUAUCCCUGCCGAGCGCGAGGCCCCAGCCUGCACAAUUGGCAGCAGCGGCAGCAGCAACAACAACAGCGCACCGACCCCGGUGCGUACUGAAAAGGAGGAAAAGAAGGACCUCAGUCGCCGCCGCAACGUGUUCGAGAAGCUGACUGGCCAUGCGACCAAGAACAUCGCGCGCUCGGGCAGCAACUCAGGCACCAGCAUCCUGAGCGCGGGCAGUACGACGACGUCCUCAAUGAACAGCACCUUGUCACCCGCCUCGGCUGCCGGCACCGUUACCAUAGUCAACUCGCGCGAGGAGUACCACUUCUCCUCGGCGCCGCGCUCCACAGGCCUUGUUGCCGCUGGCGCGCAGCUGCCGGCGAUCUUCAAGUCAACCAACCUGACGAUCAGCGAGCUGCGCACGCAGUGGAGAUACUGCACAGGAUUCCUGCUGGCUGCCGGUGGUGCAUGCAUCGCCGAUGGCGGUCCGAGUGCUGUAGACCGCCUCGGCGGCGGCGACACUGCCGAGCUGCACUCGCUGCUGGAGCACUUCAUUGGCGAGUGCCUCAAGCUGAUUGUAUCCGACGAUAUCCAGCUGCGCGAGCUUGCCAAGGAGGGCCUUGGCAACAAGACGCAUCAGGGAAUCUACAUGUUGUUCCUUGACGGGUGCUUGCUGAACAUGAAGCGCUUUAUGCAGUCGAACGGCGAGGUCAGCGUAUCCGAGAGCCGCACCUUGUUCGUCAGCCAGUGCAUCUGCAUCAUCGAGUCUCUAACCGACCGGGACGCGACAGACUCUCUGGGGCAGAGCUCUAAGAGCAGCAUUGACUUUAGCCCGGUGCUCCUGACCAUGUGCAAGUACCUCAAUGCGGCAGCAAUGCAGUCGGCCAACGGUGCGCUACAGGAGCGCAUCCGGUUUACGCGCAUGGUCGACUUGUUCCUGCAAUCGCCUCUGCGCCAGGCCAUCGUUCAGGAGGUCAACCUGCGUAACGACAUGCUUGAAACCUUUGUCAACUGGGUCACCGAGCUGCGCGCCAUGGAUCCGCGCACCCUGCGCACCGAAGAGCCGCAUAUGUCCAAGCUGCUGAUUGACUUGACCACGUCGACCAUGCGCGUACUCAUCCAGAUCCUCGACAAGCUGCCGGUCAAGCCCAUGUCGGCGCCCAACCAGACCAACGCCGCCCAGCCGACAGAUGUGCGCUCCCAGCGUAGCCGCGCAUACCGCCGCUACUUUGACUUCUUCGUGCGCUUCAUGAGCCAAUGCCGUAUGAUUGAAAUCCAAGAGUUCAGCACAAUGACCACCGUGCACGCGACGCAGUCCGCCGCAACAGCCGUCCUGAACUCUACGGUCAACAACUCGGCAAACUCUCGUGGCCGCACCAACCGCAGUGAGAGCUUCGUUGCCUCGACCUCAGACGUGGGUGUCGGUCGCGACAUCGCGCGCAACAUCUACAGUACUAAUACGGUCCCGCUUGGCGCCGGGUCCAGCGUGAACAACGCGUCUCAGCUUGGCCCCAACCGGUUCAACCGCGAGCUAUCGCAGAACGCCGAGCUCCUUCUCAACAUCGCGAUCAAGUCCCUGACCAACAUGCUGGCGGCCAACCUGGAGAUCGGUCUGCAGUACUCGCUGUCUAUCAUCUACCACGAGGACACCAAGCUGCGCGCGCUGUUCACAGAUAUGUUCACGACGAUCCUCAACCAGGGCAUUGACAUUGACAGUCUUGGCGGCGACACGGCUGACCACUGGAAGGCGCGCCUGGUCGAGGCCCUGGUCGAUCCAGGGCUCAAACUGCUGCUGGGCAUCAACGAGGUGUGCCAGGUGCAGGAUGUCGACGAGCUGGGUGCCUCGCUCAUCAAUAUUUUCGAGUCGCGCCACCAGACCAAAAUAUUGUUCGAGCGCAUUGUCACGGUCGAGCUGGAGCGCACUGACUCGGCAGCCGAGCUGUUCCGCCGCAACUGCUUGGCCACGCGCCUGCUGUCGUACUACGCCAAGGUACAUGGCGACGGGUACCUCAAGUCUACACUGGUGCCGGCGAUCCGCAAGCUGCUCGCGCAGCCGCCGGGCACGCUGACAUUUGAACUUAACCCGAACAAGAUGACAGAGUCGGCAGACCGUGACCGUAAUCUGAAGAACGUCGAGCGCCUGUGCUCGCUGGUCAUUGACGCGAUCGUAGGUUCAGUGCAUAAUCUGCCGGUGACCCUGCGCUGGAUCUGCAACCUGAUUUACCGCAUUGUCAUCACGCGGUUCCCUGAUGCCGGUUACAACGCUGUCGGCGGCUUCAUCUUUUUGCGCUUCCUGUGCCCAGCUAUUGUUGCGCCCGACUCGCACGGCAUCUGCUCACAGAUCUCCAACCCCGAGAUUCGCCGCGGUCUGCUGCUGUGCACGAAGAUCACUCACAACCUGGCCAACGACAUUCAGUUUGGAAACAAGGAGACGUACAUGGUACCGCUGAACAAGUUCAUUUCGGAGAACCGCACGCGCACGAUGAACUUUUUGUCCGAGAUCUCCGAGCUCACCGACGACACAGAGUCGAUUUACGAUGGCACAGCCAAGAGCAUUGCCUCGAGCUCCGGUGGCAUCAGCAUUGCUGCGGGCCGCCCCAGCACUGAGUACGUGACCUCGGAGCCCGACACAGACGCUAUCCACAAUGGAGACUAUGUGGGUGUCGGCGCCAAGGACCUUGUCGUGGUGCAGCGCUUUAUCUUUGAUCAUCUGGACCGUCUCGAGGCGUACCUGUCGCGCGAGCCCAUGGUCAGGAUGCAUGUGCCGCCCAAGACCAGCACUGACAAGCGCAAGAGCACGCACGCACGCGUCACAGCGAUCGGAGGGGCAGUAUUGGUGUCUGGCUCUGGCCCGAAUUUGGCAAAGAACGAGGGCGUGUCUGGAUCAGCUGGCCACGGCAAGUCCGCCACCACGGAUACGGGCACGCUGACUGGAGAGGUCACUGCGACGGAGAACCUGUUCACGCAGGUAUCAUAUGUGAUGCGCCAGCUCGGCCCGCUAGCCGCUCCUGUCGAGCCUGUGCAGUCCAAGAUGACGGCAGCCGUCGAGGCGGGGGCCACCAACAUUUCUGGCGGAGAUGACAUGUUCUUGGAAAUCCUUCGUCGCGACUCUGGGCGCAGCACCGACACCAUCGCCAAGAAAGCGAUCAUUUAUAUUGGCGGUGUGUCUCGCGAGAAACGCCCUGUCAUCUAUAUCAUCGCGCGGCGUAUGCAAAUGCAGUACUUGGACAUGGACGCCGUUAUGUUGCACACGCUGCGGCUGCUGGAGCCGCUGGCGACCAAGGGCUUUGAGCUGUUCUUUGAUCUGACGCAGUUUGGCCCGGCCAACGAGGUCGCAGUGCAGUGGCUGCGGCAGCUGAAGCGCAUCGUGCCCGAGUCGAUCAUCGGCAACGUGAUGUCCAUCUACUGGUACAACGUCAACUCGUAUUUCCGCAAGUAUAUUAAGCAAGGGAAUCUGACACUUCCACCCCGUCUGGGUAAGCGCUCGGUGUUCCCGCACAGCCUGAGCGACUUGCACGAGUUCCUAGCCAGCCCACAGGCGGACCUGCCCCCGGGCACCGUGUCGCUGGACAGCGACAGCGGUAUCAACAUCUCGCCCGUGUCGCGCGUGUCGCGCUCGCAGCCGCCGCUGCCGUGCAUGGUCAAGGUGACGCCCGAGGCGAUCCAGAUCACUGCGCUGCGUCGUCAGGAGGUGUUUGGACUGAGCACGUACUUCAAUGACGUGUACCACAUCACCGAGAUUUCUGACGUGCACCUGCUACCCAACUCGGACUUCCUUGUCAACACUGACGGCAGCGAAGAAGUGACCAAGGGCCGGUUGCAGUUGCAGCGCACGGCCAGCCGCAGUUCCGAGAGCGAGCGCACUAGCGGAGCCAAGGGCAGCAAGCCUGAUGAGCAGAUCGUCUCCAUCCGCUUCGAGGGCGGCAACGCACCGAUCUUCUUCGCAAGCCCCAAGUCUGAGCUGCUGUUCAAGGCUAUCCGCAGCGCGCGGACGCGGUACACUAGCCACACCAACGUGCCGACAGUGCAGGAGCGCGCCAUCCGGCCUUCCGAUGUUCCGGGAACGCUGCUCAACGUGGCGCUGCUCAACUGCGGCUCGGAGAACUCGACGCUGCGCAUUUCGGCCUACCGCAUGCUGAUUUCGGUCGUGGCGACGUUCAAUUUAGAUGUCGGUCAUGAGCUGGCCUUUGCAAGCGACCUGUGCCUGCCUCCCAACCCGCUGCAGUUCAUCCACCGCAUUUGCACGCGCUUGAGUGCCAACGCACCUGAUAUGACGUUGGAGUUGGUGUCCGAGGCCCUGUUGGCGUUCACUAAGUGUGCGCAGAACAUGAAGCCGUGGAUUCUGCACUACAUGCAGCAGUGGUUGCUAUGCCUGGGCCAGUUUACGCACGAUACGCCAUCGCACCCAGACGCUCUGAGCCGCACGCAGGACAUUAUUCGCAGUCUCAUCCGCCUGCACCUCAAGGAGCCGUCGAUGUACAUGCACUUCAAGGAGCACGUGUGGUCAUUCGUUGCGAGGGUCGAGGAGCUGACCGACAUUAUCCUCGAUAUGCUGGUCACGGUUUCGCUCGAGUAUGGCGCUCUGACGGUCGAGACUGAGCUAAUUGCUGACAUACUUGCGACUGUUGCGGGUGUGAACCCGCGGUAUAACAAGCUUGUGCCACGUCUGCGCAAGCUCGUCGCGCAGACGUGCUCGAUGAGCGUAUCCCACAUCUCGUCGCACCAGCUGUGGCCCGAGAUUGCUGUGUACAUAAGACUGCUGAUGACUAUGAGUUUCUCGAACUGCAACCUGGCCGACGAGUAUCUGCCCGACGUGGCCUUUAUCGCCUGCAUGCUGCUUAAGUCGGGCCCCGGUAUGAUCCAGGCCACGUUGCACGGCAUUGUCAUGCACGUUGUGCACAGCUUGGAGAUGACGCAGUGCAACGGCAUGAUCAUCGACCAAACCUUCUCGUCGAGCAUCACAGGAGCCAACAGCUUUGCGGGCAAUCCCGUGCGCCAGCUCAGCGAGGCCGUACCAUCAGUCGCGGUCAACACCGACGCGGGUAACACCGGGCAAGUGCUCUCCUCCUACGCACAGCUGGCGCAGCAGCUUUCGGAGCUGACGCAGUCGCGCUCAAAGUUCAACUUUGGGCUGCGCGCCAAGUCAACCAGCGCGGUGACCUUCAUUGCAGCGUCGUACACGCGCGGUGGCGCUGCGUCGACGCUCAACCCAGAGGCGCUGAUGGAGUUCAAGGACGAGCUCAGCCACUCGACGCACUCGCUCGAGUCGCCGCGCGAGUCCCUGGCCGGAGUCGAGCGUGUUGCGCAGAUCUUCUUGCGCAUCAUGGAUAAUAGUGCAUUCGCUAAUGGGCGCGGCAACAGCUGGCGCGCGCGGUGGACGACUCUGGUUACGGCAUCGACCUUUGUGUUCAACCCGGCGAUCCAGCCGCGCGCCUUUGUGCUUCUGGGCAAGCUGGCGGCCUACGACGAGGUCGACGACGAUCUCCUAUACCAGACAUUAGCGACCUUGCGCGGCGCGCUGGCGUCGUUUGGUGAGACUGACGAGUCGCUGCCCAUCUCGGUGCUGCUCUGCCUGGUCAGCAUGGCGGGCAACCUGCCGCCGGACUCUUCGUAUCUGGCCUCGCUGUUCUGGGUCGGCAUUGCUGUUAUGCAGGUCGGUCACUUGCCGCUGUACAAAGUUGGUCUGAGCCUUAUUUCCAAGGUUAUCCGCACGCUGGAUGCCUGCGGCGCGUUCCUGCCUGAGAACGGCGAUGGAUUCCAGGACUUCCUCAUGUCCGCGCGCGUUGCCGUCGAGAAGGCCGCCGACCAGAUGGAUGAAGCCGUGGGGAUCAGCUUCCGCUACUCCUUCAGCGCCUCGCUGGCGCUGCUGCUUUUGCGCGGCAUGGAGGACAUGAGCACCAAGGACGAGGCCUACGAGGUGCUCCUGCAAAUCAUCGGCAUUGUGGCCAACUGCCGCAAGUGGCAGCAGGCAGACUCGGCCAGCCCGGAGCGCAAGCUCGACCUCAUUCUGGCGUACCUCAUUCUGAUUCUGCCGACUGCCGGCGUGCGCAAGGAGUUUGUCCAUGUGUUCACCACCUCCGGCCUGUCCAUCGGGUCUGAGGCCAAGCAUAAGAUUGAGAACGGCGGGUAUAUCCAGCUCCUGGACCAGAUCCACAAGACGGAUAUUGGGCGCAACUGCCAGACCGACUAUAUCCUGUACCCUUCGAUCCUCGCAGCGAUGCUGCAGAAGACACGGUCGGACCAGGAGACCAUGAUCCUGUACAUGAUGUUGGCGUCCAACAUGAACUGGGCCGACCCGACAAUGAGCCUGCUGGUGGUUGAGUCCCUAGCGCCAACCAUGUCCAACAUGUUACACGUCAGCCACAACAUUAAGCUGACGCACAAGCUGCACGAAGUCAUGGUGCGCCUGGCAAUUACCCGGCCGCACUUUGACCCAGACCUGUUCAUCCAGCAGCAGUCGCUCAUCCAGCAGCAGAAUGGCGGCACGGGUAAUCUGCAGGACAUUGCUAACUCACUGACCGUUGAGGCCAUUGCCGCGACCACGCAAAGGUCGAUGAAUUCCUCGGGCGUGGGAACCGGGUAUGCUGCCGGGUACGUGCCGCCGGGCAGCACCCCCGCUGCGGCUGCUGCGGCCCCGAUAUCCACGAGCGUUGCCAGCCACCGCGUAUCCAAUGCGCCGCCGGCACGCAUUCGCGAGGACUCGUCGGAGAAGCCCAAUUUGUUCAACAGUACAAGGUCGCAGGAUGCUGUGAGCAUGAUGAGCAAGCAGUCGUCGACGCCAUCCCUGGGCAACGGCGACGCGGCGUCGUUCGACAGGUCCAUGGUGGCUGCUCACAGAGAGUACCUGACCCGAAUUGGGUUUAGUGGACUGGGCCGCGUCAUUUUGUUUGAUGGCGGCAUGAACCAGUGGCGCGAGCUCGCUGAGCUUACCAGCCUGGUGGUCGAUCAGAUGCUUUAGAUGAUUUCCUUUUUCAAUUUCAAUCAAUUCCUUCCCCCUCCAAAAC